AAAGCAUGUUCCGUCCACCGCCUCCAGGAACGAAGUUGACUCCAUGGGUUCCAGACCUAAUAUUCAUACCAAUUUCGCGUGCAUUUGAACGUGUUGGGGUUUAUUUCUAUAAUCGAGUGAUUAGUCGUACUAAUAUAGGAUUGUAUGACAAACGCUGGAAUAAACGUGUACAUGGACCAUACUGUCACUGGCGUUACUAUGGUAAACCAGAUACCAGAUUAUUGGAUGUGAAAAUAAGUGACCUAAAGGCUUGGAUUGGACGACGAGAAAAGACACCAUCCGCAGUUUAUAACGAAUUCGUGCGUAAUGUAUGGCGAGUGCAUAAUCUGUAUUAUUCUGGGCCUGUCUUUAACAACACUGUAAAUAAAAACGAUAUUUCGAUUCGUAUUCAUCUAUUCAUUUUUGAAUUGGCUGGUGAAAUGUCAUCGUUAUUGGGACUUCCAAAAGACGAUGUACCAUUGGUGAUACCGAUUGCUAUCACCGUUAUCAUCAGUGAAUAGACUAGAUAUUAUGAUCACCAUUCAUCUUUUGUUGUAUCUUAUCGUUUUUGACGUAUUAGUGUUUUGAUUUUAAUAAAAAUUUAAUUUCGUUAUGAUUUCCUAGUUCCUCUUUAAGAUUUUAUGGUUGUUUGCAUCAAUGCAAUUUAUCUUUUAUUAUUAGUAUUCUUAAUAUUAUCAUAAUUCUUAUUACUGUUGUCGUACAAUAUUUAUUGCUUGCGCAGCACAAAUAGUAUUCAGUGUGUGUAAUUUUCAAUAAAAUAUUGUU